AAACAAAUCGAAACUCAUGUUGACUAAGUUUUUGAAUUUUAGAAGCACAUCAGACAGGAAGAGGAUGUUGUUGACAUUACAAACCAAGAAUUUAUUGGUAAAUUAUUAUUUUUAAUUUCAGCCAAAUAAAAAGAGAUUGAAGAAUUAUUAGUAAAUGGUUAAGAGCAUGAUGAUUACUUAGAUGAACUCUUAAACUUAAUUGAGGAAGAUGAAAAAAAAAAAUCUCCUGAUAUUGUUAUCAUAGAUGAUGACAUCAAUUCAAAUGAUUUUGCUUUAAACAAAAAACCACAAAUAUAGUAGGUUUCCACUUAUGAACCUAUUUAAUAACAUCAAAAUUCAUAGGAUUUAAAACAAUCUGAUAAAAGUGAAAAUAAUUAACAAUCAAAAAAGCUAAAAAUAAAUCUAAAAAGAUCAUUUUUAUGA